AUUAAAAGAAAACCACUGUCUUUUUAAUGGAACUAGGAAUGUCUUCUCAUUAGCAAAUGUUGGUAUUUAUAUAUAUUUUUAUAUAAUUAGCUUUUUAUAGAUAAAAUAUGCUAUCCAACGUAAUGCUCAUACAUGUCACCACCAUAUCAAUAAAAACGUACCAAAAGAAGUGUCAUCAACGCUAGGUGGUUUGCACGUGUAAAACAUAUAUGCUCUACUGACCUCUACAGGCCACUGAAUAAACAACAGACUCAUAAAUGGCUGCUUUACUUUGUGAGCAUUAGCCGAUAGAGAUACAUGUAAAGUUUAGCAAUAAAUACAACCCGACGGUAUCACACGUAUCGAAAUCAAAUCAAUCAAUGGACUGUCGACCUCGAGAUAGAGGAAAAAGAGGAAGAGGAGGGCGGGGAUACCGACAUGAAGAGAGCAGGGUUGUGAGAUUGUCUAAAUCUCUGUCUUAUGUAUUACGCCAUGGUGCCAGUAAGAUGGGCCUUCAGAUGAGCUCAGAUGGUUUUGUUUACGUUGAUGAACUGCUGGCUCAUCAGCAGUUUCGCUCUUUUUCAUUGGAGGACGUGCAGCAGGUGGUGGCCACCAAUGAGAAGCAGCGAUUCAAGUUUCAAACACACCCUGAUGAUGGACGUCUUCAGAUACGAGCCAAUCAGGGUCACUCCGUGCAGGUUGAAGAUCUGGAGUUGAAACAGGUGUCACCUGAUGAUCCAGACUGUCCAAAAGAGGCUGUGCAUGGCACAUAUAUGAAAUACUGGCCCUCAAUACAAAGUCAGGGUCUCAGCCGAAUGAACAGAACUCAUAUACACCUGGCACCUGGGCUACCUGGAGAGGGCGGAGUCAUCAGUGGUAUGAGGCAGAACUGUGAGCUGGCUGUGUACAUUAAUGUCUCAAAAGCUAUUUCAGAUGGGAUUCAGUUUUUCUGGUCAGCUAAUGGAGUUUUAUUGACCCCUGGAGAUGCUGGAGGGAUUUUAGCACCCCGCUACUUCUCUAGAGCACAAAAACUCAAACCCUCGGUUUGUGAAAUCGAGCUGCAAUAGCCGGUGGAGAUGCAAUACUAAAAUGGGGACAAAUUCACUACUGCUACACAUCUACUUCACAUGAAAACGUCGUGGGGAUCUAUAUUUAAUAAUUUAUAUAAAAGGAGCACAAUACCGCUGCAAAGUUGAUAGCUCACCAGGAGCGUCCUGGUAAGCCAAAGACAAUGAAUAAACGGAUCAAGAUGGCCCAAUGAAAUGCUUUUCAGUGACUGUAACCUCAUGUUUUAAAAUUAAGCUGGCAAAUAUUGUAAGACCUAUGAGAGCUGAGUAACACAAUCUACACUAAAUGUUUUUUUUUACAUUUAAGGGACAUUUUACCCAAAAAAUUAAAAUUCUGUCAUUUACUAACCCUCAAGUUUUUCCAGAUUUGUAUACAUUUCUGCUGAACACAAAUGAAGAUAUUUAGACAAAUAUUUGUAACAAAGCAGAUCGGGGCCCCAUUGACUUCUAUAGUUGGAAAAAUAAUAUUGAAGUCAAUGGUGCUCCAGAUCUGAUAAUUUGUAUUUGGCAAAACAUAAAUGUAUACAGGUUUGUGAGCAAAAUGAUAGCAGAAAUACAUUUUCUGGGUGAACUAUUCUUGUAAAUAUUAUUAUACAUUUUUUAAAAGUAAGAUAACCUGAGUUUUGAUAGCCCAAACCAGGCCAGAAUUAAAAGUGUGGGAUUACCGUGCCAGGGAUAAUAAAUAGGUCAAUAGCUUGUUUUACAGAUUGUGUGAUGUGUUUUGUACACAAAUUGUUGAUUGACCUCCUAAACCGUUUUUAUUUGUAGGGUAGUUUCUGCCCACUGCAUAUUUGUCAAAAAAUAGAUCUAAAUCCAUUGGAGAGCUUAAGAUAGAGUUGUCUGUGUCUCAUAUUUCUACUGGGGGAUUUUCUGCAAGCAUAUUUAUGUACAGUGCACUUGACAGGGGCAAAUAACAUCCAGUGGUCUUAUUUUUUUUAUGCAUUUUGUUGGUUUUCUGUGAGUUCUGGCCAUCAAAGUCACAUCUGUUGAAUACAUGGAGGAUUGCACAUUCUGCUGCAUCAAACCUUUAAGUCACACUGUAAAAAAUCAUUUGCUGCCUUAAAGGAAAACACCACAGUUUUUCAAUAUUUUACUAUGUUCUUACCUCAACAUAGACUAAUUAAUACAUACCUAAAUUUUUUUAAUGCGUGCACUUAAUCUUUGCAUAGAGCGUUGUGAAUGUGUUAGCAUUUAGCCUAGCACCAUUCAUUUCUUAGGAUCCAAAUAGGGAUGAACACAAACACUUCCAUGUGGCACAAAAUAAAAGUGGAUAUAAUAUGAAGUGGAUAAAAAUUAGAACUAUAUUGUAUGGCGGAAGAGCACUAAGUUUGCAGCACUUCGACCUCAGCGCACAGUAACAUCCUCACUGAGGUCGAAGUGCUGCAAACUUGCCAUACAGUAUAGUUCUCAUUUUUUAUCUGCUUAAAAAUCACCACCAUUAUUAUGUGCCACCAUACUUACUCGCGUAACAACACAGUCUCACACCCAUGGCGUCAAUAUUUGACGACACUUGACCAUGCGUCAAUAUGUUGACGCGGAGGGUAUACCUUUCGCGUCACUUUUUGACGAACUGGGGACUUCAAUACUAUUAGGUACGCGAAAUUAAACAGUUGUCAACUGACAUUGGGGUUAGGGAUAGGUUUGGGUAGGGAUGUCAUUAUGUAAAUCUAACCCUAAACCGAUGCGAAAAUGGUAGAAAAUGGUAAGAAAAUAGGAAAGAGAAUUUCGCGUACCUGAUAGUAUUGAAGUCCCCAG